CCUGUCUUUAUUUAUCAAAUCAUGGACUUUCUCAAGAAGGUUCCACAAACCCAAACUGCUGGUAUUAUGCGGAAACCUGCGGAAAGGCACAAACCAAUUUCUGAUGGACGAUGUAGUAGCCCGACAGAGACGGAAGCGCGAGUACAUUCGGACCUUUAUGCAGGAGUACCGUGGCAAGCAGAGGCAAGACAAGGAAACAUUGCAAGCCCAGAUCGAUCGUUUGGAAGCGCGCGUGGCUAGAUACCGCAAGAACACGGUCUUGGAUGAUGACAGUGGGUCCGGCAUGCUGCCGUGGAAGGACGUGGCGGCGGGCUUGCACGACUCGCGGAGUGAAGCAUCGAAGGAUCAACGGGCUCUAUCCAGUCGCAUCAAGGAGUACGAGCAAGUCCUUUCUGAACUGAGGUCCUUCGUCAUCGCCUCCAUCGCUCCUCAGAAGUCCCCCAGCAUCCACACAGCUACUUGGCGUGACGUGACGCUGCUCUCCCAUCCCACAAGUCGCCGUCUCGGGAAGCUUUGGAUCACGCAGCAAAUGCGCUACAACAUGGAUCGUCUGUUUGAGCAUCAUGAGAUCCCAUCACCCGAGUCCAUGGCACUGUACAAUUCCAUGGACGUCGUAUUCCAUGAGGAAGGCCACCACUUCCUCCAAAAAGCGCACUUGACGUGGGAAUGUUCCCUGGAGACAGUCGUGCGAUUGUAUCGGCACCACACGGGAUCCAUGUUCACGCUGGAUGGGUUUUGUCCCAUGCAUUCCCAGAGUCGCGUGGAAGCGGAGGAGAACACGACGUUGCACCAGUACAAGCGUCCGAACGGAUGGAACACGCACUUGCUCUGUGGGGAGUUCCAAGAUGGGGAUCGAACGAUUCUUGUCGCACAGCACAUUCUAUCCGAUGAAGAUCGUCAACACCAUGCUGGACGGCAGCGCAGUCGCAUGACGUGGUAUGUGUCACCUGUUUCAGUGUUGAGCUCAUGACAACCAGGAUCGAACUGCGGCGGGUGUCGGCCACCGUGACAAGAGAGCGGUUCCUCUGUGUCAUCUCCCAUGAGAUUGAUCAAGACGGGACGGCAGUGGGGCUGGAAGAGACAUCCAAGCGGUGGGGCAUGAUGUCCCUUGCCCAUAUCAAGGACGACGACCAGCGCGAGCGAGUAUUCCGCAUGGUAUAUCGAGCGCGGAAUGUUGCAUUGAAGCACCAGCGCAAAAAGUGGUACGAGGACUUGGUUGCCGCCGCCGAGGAUGAGCUGAGCCGCCAUCGAGAGAACAUGGGAGAAGCAUGACGAAGAUGGGGGAGCACUGGCUCCUGUAGGAGUGGGCGUAUUUAAAACUAAUUUCAAAUGUUG